CCGCCUUAAAAGGCGCGGCCCGGGCGGCGGCGGCGGGGUCUGCGCCGAGUCCGCCGGUCCGCACUCCGUCCAGGCCCGCGCCUCCACCCGCUCCGCAGCCGGCACCAUGCGCGAGAUCGUGCACAUCCAGGCGGGCCAGUGCGGCAACCAGAUCGGCGCCAAGUUUUGGGAAGUCAUCAGCGAUGAGCAUGGCAUCGACCCCACUGGCAGUUACCAUGGAGACAGUGACUUGCAGCUGGAGAGAAUCAACGUGUACUACAACGAGGCUGCUGGUAACAAGUAUGUGCCUCGGGCCAUCCUGGUGGACCUGGAGCCGGGCACCAUGGACUCCGUCAGGUCUGGACCCUUCGGCCAGAUCUUCAGGCCAGACAACUUCGUGUUUGGCCAGAGCGGUGCCGGGAACAACUGGGCCAAGGGCCACUACACAGAGGGCGCCGAGCUGGUGGACUCAGUCCUGGACGUGGUCAGGAAGGAGUCCGAGAGCUGUGACUGUCUGCAGGGCUUCCAGCUGACCCACUCGCUGGGGGGCGGCACGGGGUCUGGGAUGGGGACCCUUCUCAUUAGUAAGAUCCGCGAGGAGUACCCCGACCGCAUCAUGAACACGUUCAGCGUCAUGCCCUCGCCCAAGGUGUCAGACACGGUGGUCGAGCCCUACAACGCCACCCUGUCCGUGCACCAGCUGGUGGAGAACACGGACGAAACCUACUCGAUUGACAACGAGGCGCUGUACGACAUCUGCUUCCGCACCCUGAAACUGACCACCCCCACCUACGGGGACCUGAACCACCUGGUGUCGGCCACCAUGAGCGGGGUCACCACGUGCCUGCGCUUCCCGGGCCAGCUCAACGCCGACCUGCGCAAGCUGGCCGUGAACAUGGUGCCCUUCCCGCGCCUGCACUUCUUCAUGCCCGGCUUCGCGCCGCUCACCAGCCGGGGCAGCCAGCAGUACCGGGCGCUGACGGUGCCCGAGCUCACCCAGCAGAUGUUCGACUCCAAGAACAUGAUGGCCGCCUGCGACCCGCGCCACGGCCGCUACCUGACCGUGGCCGCCAUCUUCCGGGGCCGCAUGUCCAUGAAGGAGGUGGACGAGCAGAUGCUCAACGUGCAGAACAAGAACAGCAGCUACUUCGUGGAGUGGAUCCCCAACAACGUGAAGACGGCCGUGUGCGACAUCCCGCCCCGCGGCCUGAAGAUGUCGGCCACGUUCAUCGGCAACAGCACGGCCAUCCAGGAGCUGUUCAAGCGCAUCUCGGAGCAGUUCACGGCCAUGUUCCGGCGCAAGGCCUUCCUGCACUGGUACACGGGCGAGGGCAUGGACGAGAUGGAGUUCACCGAGGCCGAGAGCAACAUGAACGACCUGGUGUCUGAGUACCAGCAGUACCAGGACGCCACGGCCGACGAGCAGGGCGAGUUCGAGGAGGAGGAGGGCGAGGACGAGGCCUGAGAACUUGUCAGAUAAAUCAUGCAUCCUUAGCGACUUCUGUUGCCCUCAGUCAAGCAUGGUCUUUCUAUUCGUAUACUAUGGUGCUCAGUUUUGCCUCUGUCAGAAAUUCACUGUUGAUGUAAUAGUGUGGAACUCCUCUGGAAAUUGCAGUAUUGUCUAAGAUAUCUAUACUAAUAAAAAAGCAUGUGUCCAAAA